AUGAAAGCUCUCGUGGCAAACCGAUAUCUGGCGAAGCAAAUACUCAACUUCGCUUGUUCCUCGUCAUUCGGUCAAUGUGUACGAGUCAUCGAUAUACCAACUCCCCAAAUUACCGAUAGUGAGAUACUGGUCCGAGUGCGUGCUGCUGCCCUCAACCCGGUUGACUACAAAAACAUCGAUUUCCUCUCUCCGAACAAUAGUGUUAUUGGCUGCGAUUAUGCUGGUGAGGUGGUCAAAGUUGGAGAUGGCAUGGUUGGCCGAUUGAAUGUUGGGGACAGAGUAGCAGGUUUUGUCCACGGUGGCCAAUACCCUGAUGUCGGCUCGUUUGCCGAAUACCUGAAGGUCGAUGGAGAGCUGGCUUGGCACAUACCCGAGAUGAUGACCGAUUCUGAGGCUGCAACGUACGGCAUUCCAGCAGUCACUGCAAUUCUUGCACUUAUGUACCUUGAUGUCGCUUGGGAAGAUAUUCUAUCUGGCGCUACGAGGCAGUCUCCUGUUGAUUCCUCCAUCCUCAUUUACUCUGCGGGUCUUCAUGUGGUCGUCACAGCGUCACCACGAUCAUUCGAUCUCGUCAAAUGCUAUGGCGCAGACUCGGUAUUUGACUAUCAAUCCCCUACAGCGGCGAGUGAAAUUUCCAAAGCCUAUCCAAGUAUCACCAAAGCUUUGGAUUGUUUUUCUGAAGGGAAUUCCUCUCAAUUCUGUGCCCAGGUGUUGAAAAGGGGGCAAGUUAUUACGUUGCUUGAUCAAGGGAAGCCGAAAAAAGCGGACGUCAAGUUCAAAAGUCUCAUGGUUUUUACUGUCUUUGGGCGACAGUUUUCCUUGCUAUCGCCCCUAGGUCCCACAUUUCCGGUUGUGCCCGAUGAUCAGAAUUUGCUUCGUCGUUUUUAUGCCAGCUUGGGCGAACUAUGUGAUAGUGCUUUGAAACCACCCCCUCUUACAACGCUGCAAGGAGGACUUGAUGAGGUGCUUGUCGGUCUCAACAAACUUCGCAGAGGAGAAGCCCGCGGCACUAAGUUUGUGGUGGAAUUUCCGUGAUUACAUUUUCCUUCUCAAUCAAUCGCCCUGCAAAACUCCUCCAGAUUAAGUAGCCUC